AUGUUUGACGACGAAGACGAACAAGAGUUAGAACUAUUACGACAAUACGAGGAACAAGAGGGUGACGUUCAACACCAAAGUUCAGAGAAUGAGCUAGACAGCGAUCUUGAAGAUACUAUUAUGAGUAUGGUCCAGUAUGGUUCAAGUCAAGCGACGACUAAACCAAAAGAGACCUCCCAUCGAGACGACAACCAAGAUACCAGCAGUGAAGAUGACACGAGUGUUUCGACAGCGUCGGAAAGUCAAGUGGAUAGGGUGGAUGAUGAUUCGAGUCUACCCAGCAACGAGGAGCUGCAGGUUUCAACAAGUAGCGUUCAUUCAUCAGAGCCCCGUGUGACACGAGUGAUUGAUCUUGGAGAAAAGCCAAAGUAUAUGGACGAAGAGGAAGAAGAUGAAGAAGAACGUGAAUUGAAUGAUGAGCUACAAGAUUUGAUCCAGUCUCAGAUUGAACAGCGUCAAUCAUCAAGGCGUAGUUUCAAGCCUCGUAGAAUCCAGCUUUGUUUUACAUGUUUACGACCAGGGCACGACCAGAGAAAUUGCAACGUCUGCUCGGAUUGUGGUCUUGAAAAGCAUCCACGACACUGUCCAGGUCUUCGAUAUUGCUUAAGGUGUAAACGACGAGGGCAUGAAGCAGCGGAAUGCGUGCAUAGAUAUGAACAUGGGUCAUGCAAAAGAUGUGGUCUAUCAUACCAUAAUACUGUUCAUUGUCCAAGUAUAGUACACAGGUAUAAAGGUCAAAGCACACCGGUUGCACAUGUAACACCUUAUUGCUACUUUUGUGGUCGAUCUCAGCAUUAUGGAGAUGAAUGCCCCAGACGAGGACACAAUCUCCAUGACGUGAUGUCUCCGUUUAGCAACAAAAAUGCAACCUUGGGAACACGCUUUGAAAUGCAACACAAUAUGAAAGCCUCGGCUAGCGCGUUCGCUGAAAGCAGACACAAGCGAUGGAAAGAUUCAGAUAGCAGUGAAGGAAGUCAACAAAGAGAUUCGUCAAAGAGAAGAAAACAGCAGCACAACAAGCCAUCAUUAGAUGAUUUUUUCGAGAGAAAUGGAUCACAUACCAGAGAAAGAUUCAACAGGGCGCAAAGACAUUCUCCUCCACAUCGUACUAUGGGAACACAAUAUACACAGCUUCAACGUGGACAUGGAAAUAACAACUGGAAUAAUAUACCGAGACCCACACGCUCAGGCACUGUCAAUAUCAAUGACCGGUCAAGUAUGGAUUUCCCGCGUAGCGGUGCAGCAGGCGGUCUCCCAAAACCCAGCUCAAGUGGCGUGAUUGAUAUUCCAAGAUGGAAUCACCAGCAACAGCAACGUGGACCUCGUUUCCGAGGAGGAUAUUCCUCAAGCCGGUGA